CUCUCAGUUGCUCCUGGGUUUCCGGACUCUGCGGACAGGCAGAAAAUGCGCACCACGGCCGUGUGUAUUGCCUUCGUCGUGACAUGCACGAGCGGAUCGUUUGUCUCGGCUAUACGGUACAUGGACCCGCAGCUAGGAAGUAAUGGCGACAUCGGCGACAAACGAAUGGAUCUGAUCGAGCCGUCGUGCGACGAGCUGCGCGCCAUGUGGAGGUACACGAAGAGGCAGAGCAGAGCCGCCAAGGGCAACGUGUACCCGUUGUACGGGGGGCCCUCGGGAAUAUUCAAGAUGCGGUCAAAAGCCGACCGUACCAAGGCCGGCACGAUAUAUCGAGGGAAAUAUCCCGGGCAAGCCCGCAGUCGAGCGGCCGGAGGUGCGCCGAUUUACGGGAAGAUGGUGCACAAGGCCCCGGCAGGGAGUAGACUGCGGAACGGGAUGAGACAACGCCCGAGGACCUUAGAGGACAUGAGGCUUUUCGGGACCCUGAAUCGUUACAUACCGUCAAACAGGCAUCAGCGUGUAACCAGUUUCCGCGUUGGUGGCGGUGUCUCAUCUCCAAAGGUUCCUCAGGCCGGCAGUUUCGAAGCGCUCAAGAACCUCGUCCAGGCCGAAAGAGCACGUGAGCUGCGGGAGCAGCAUAUCGAAGAAAUAAUAGCGGAAACUGCUUUGAAAGAGAAAGCAGAAGAGGAGGAGGAAGAAGAACCCAUACAACAAUCACGAGGACAUUUCUCUAAUCCGAUGUCAUCAUUACAAAUACCAAAGGAAUACUACGACUACAAUAAUCGACGCUACAUGUCAAACAUACCUAACAAUGGUCAAGCUUGGUCGAGGAACUGGCGUCGCGGGCAAUACGCGGGACGUUAGUAUGCUGCGAACUGUUGCGAGGAAACGGUACAAAUCGAAAAACUGCCGCAUGCAUACUAGUGUUUGUGACCGCUCCGCUCCGAUGGGUGCAGCUACAGCCACACCAGUUGCAGCUAUCGGCAAGAUAUCACGACUGCGAGAUUACGAGCGAGGCUCAUUUCGAAAAUCACGCGCGUCUCGACGUUCUCUGAGGCUCCGGCAACUUCCUGCGCAAACUUUUCAAUCUUUAUGUCGACAAUGUAAGUGCAGCUAGAACAAACGCGCCUUUUAACCUGAUAUCUGCCAGUAUCGCGCGACUUUUUGCUAGAGGGACGCGAUUUCCCUUAUUCUUCUUCCUUGACUCACCUCGGCAGCAUCAAGAUGAGCGAAUUACGAGAGAGGAGGCAGACAGGAUUUAAAAAGUGGCAAAUAUCGGGUUAAAAAAGCAUCGUGAGAAAGACCCCGCUCAGAGUGUGUAUCCGAAUAUCGCGUGCACACCUCUAACGCGGACGGGAUUCAAUUUAUUCAACGUGCGUAGGAUAAACAUCGAUUUACACAUCACUAAUUUGCACGAUCUUCGAGUCGAUCGAAGAUGCGCGUCGUCUCGCGCGACACUCUGUACAUUUGGACAGUCCGACAUUUCACUCUUUCGUGGACGUUUCAACAUCUUUUCGCGCUCGAGACUUGUUGUGAAACAUCGCAACGUGAAGAGCAAAGUCAGAAUAGUUUCCCUACGUCUACGUGCGACAACUGUUUGGUCGGGAAAGCCCGGGAGUUGUUUUCGCGAUAUCUCUCCGGGAAAAGCUGCCCGAGUU